AUGCUACCACGUGACCUAACCUGAUAACCGACAUUGGCUUCCUUCCAUAAGAUGGCCACUACAUCGGAGGUGGGAGCGGCCCUAGUCGGGGUAGGCAGGAUUGGACAGAUCCACCUGAAGAACCUCGUACAGAUAUCCGACUUUCGGAUCCGAUGGCUGGUGGAUGUCAAAGAGAAUCAUGAGAAAAUGGCGGAACUUGUGAGGAAAUACCGCUUAGUUGAUGAAGCUAAGAUAACCACACCGGAGGACCUGGACAAGGUUGUGGCAGAUCCCAGAGUGAAGGUUGUAGUCAUUUGCACACCCACAAAUUUUCACGAACGUAGCAUUAUGGAAGCUCUAAAAGCAGGUAUGUACAUAUUGUGUAAAUGA